AGGUGCGUUGUCUUUGUUUCGUCGCCUCUCUCUCUCUCUCCCCGAAAUUAUAGAGAGAGAAGCUCCAAUUCCAAAACCCCAAAGCUGGCUGCCUCCUUUCCAUCUCUCCAGUUGCCAUCUCUGAAGGAGACGAGUGCACUUCCAUUUGAUUUGAGGAGCUAUUCGCAGUACCUACCGUCUCCCAGAUCUGGUCUUCGCGCCCAACUCCAACAGAUUUGUAGGUUGGCAUCAAUUUUGACGUUAAGGAUUGUGGUAAUCGAUUCUAUUACGUUUACCUUAGUCACCCUUCGGGCUACAGCAUAUACACCUCACCUCAUGGCUGCAAAGAUUCUUGCAAAUUUCAUUGUAAUGGGCUCUGGGAUUUUGGCCAGAGCUUUUGUUCAAGCAUACCGUCAAGCACUUGCAAAUGCCUCAAAAACUGGCGUUGCUCAGGAGACAAUACGGAAUGCUACGCACAGAGCAAGCAAAAUCAUGACACAGCAAGAAGCAAGGCAGAUUCUUGGCGUAACUGAGCAGUCCACAUGGGAGGAGAUUGCGCAGAAGUACGAUAAUCUAUUUGAAAAGAAUGCUAAGAAUGGGAGCUUUUACUUGCAAUCCAAAGUACACAGGGCCAAGGAGUGUUUGGAACCUUUAUAUCAACCCAAAGACCGGACGACGACUCUUGCUGGUUGAGAACGCAUAUGUUAUGGGAUCAUCUUUUUUUGUGCAUUACUGGCACCUUGGAAUUUUGUAUAGCUAACAAAAAUUCUACUGAUGGAUGAUGAACUCAUUAAUGAAUGCCGAGUGUCUGGAAUUUCUUUUA